GAGUGUAAUGUACUCAGUACUCAAUCACAAACGCUAGAAACAAAGAGCAAAAUGUGUAACCAUGAAGGCACUAUUUGAAUCUGUGAUAAAGAAAACAAUAAAAAAUUUGAAUUUGUUUAAAACAUUCCCAUGGUAUUUUUGAAAUUUUAGUUCAAUAACAUAUCAUAUCUGAUUGUUAAAAAAAAUACAUAUUAAUCUGUUUAAACGAAUAGUUUAUAAGAUGGCAGACGAGGUGUUGAUAAAUAUUUUAACUUUAAAUUGUUGGGGGAUACCAUAUGUUUCACAAAAUAGGAAUGCUCGUAUGAUAGCAAUUGCAGAAAAAUUUGCUACUGAAAAUUAUGAUAUCAUUUGUCUGCAAGAAGUAUGGUCAGUUGAAGAUUUCAAAAUGAUAAAAGUUAAGACACAGGAACAGUUACCUUAUUCGCAUUAUUUCUACAGUGGUGUCCUUGGGUCAGGAAUUUGUAUUUUAUCUAAAUUUCCUGUUAAGGAUGUGAUGUUUCAUAAAUGGUCUUUAAAUGGAUAUGUACAUAAAAUACAUCAUGGAGAUUGGUUUGGUGGAAAAGGUGUUGGCCUCUGUAGACUUCAAAUUCACAAUAUGAACAUUAAUGUUUAUAUUACACACUUACAUGCAGAAUACAAUAGUCACAGUGAUGAAUACAUAGCACAUAGGAUUCUACAAGCUUUUGAUACUGCCCAAUUUAUUAAAAUGACUUCUGGUGGUGUUGACUCUGUAAUAUUGGGAGGUGAUCUUAAUACAGAACCUAAAGACUUAGCUUAUAAAAUAAUUUGUGGUGUUGCUGGUUUAGCAGAUGCUUGCUCAAGUAGUUCAAAUAAUUUAGGGACCAUUGAGUGUGCCAAUAAUAGUUAUACUAAUUCAAAACUUGCAAGAAAUUUUUCUGAGGGGAAACGUAUAGAUCAUAUUUUAUAUCAAGGUUCAAAGAAUGUUAAGAUAGAGAUAACAAAUUUCCAACAUCCUUUCCCAAAACGAGUACCAUACAAAGACUUUAGUUACUCUGAUCACGAAGCUGUGAUGGCAACUUUUAAAUUUAGCCCUGGUGAAUCUGAAACUAUAAAUACAGAUGUUAAAGAUUUAAUAAAGGAAGCUAUAAAUAUAUGUGAAACAUCAUUGAAAAAUAUUCGUCGACAGCGAUUUUGGUAUUUGUUGUUAAGCUGUAUAUUAAUUAUACCACUUGUGUGGUCUAUGGGAUUGGAUUGUUUUCUUUCAUCUCUCGAUGUAACUAUUGGGGUUAAUAUAGGACGUAUCUUAUUAACAGCAAUACUGUGUUAUACUUUGUUUAUGAGUUCUAUAUGGAAUAGUGUAGAAAAGAAUGCUUUGAAAGCAGGAUGUUCAGAAAUGGAAAUUUAUUUAGCAAAUUUAAAUAAUAAUUUAUGUAAAAAUUAAGUUUGUACAGAUCUUGCAAGUAUAUAGUUCAAAAUUUGAACUUCCUUUUUAAACUAUUUCAUAACUUUUCAAAUUAAAAAAUCAAACAAUAUCAUUUCUAACAAAAAUAUAUUUUCUUACUAAGAAUAUAAUUAUUAAUAAAUUGUAUCAUCUAUGCACAUUAAUAUUCUCGUUAUUAUAUUAUCAUAGGACAAUAAUUAAACUAAAAUAUACAAAGU